GAUGGCGACCUCGUUGACUAUGGCUAGCGAGAGUGUUGAUGGUCUGCAAGAAACAUCAUAUGUCUUGGUGCGCGUAUUGGGUAGAGGUGCUUUUGGCGAAGCUGUUCUAUACAGGAAGACAGAGGACAAUAGUCUCGUAGUCUGGAAGGAAAUCAACUUGGCAAAGCUGAAUGAACGGGAGAAGAAAGACUCAUAUACAGAAAUUGAGAUACUGUCACUUCUCAAUCAUUCAAACAUUGUAUCAUACUACAAUCAUUUUGUUGAUGAAGAUACGCUCUUCAUUGAGAUGGAAUAUGCCAAUGGUGGGAGUCUAUUUGACAAAAUAUCGCAUCAAACACAUCUCUUUCCUGAGGAGGUAGUCCGAUGGUAUCUCUUCCAGCUGACCUCUGCUCUGGCCUAUGUUCAUGAGUUUGGUAUCAUACACAGAGAUAUCAAGACUAUGAAUAUCUUUCUGACGAGGACGGAUCUAGUGAAACUUGGAGACUUUGGAAUUUCUAAAGCUUUGGAGUCCAAGGGUGGAAUGGCUGAGACUCUUGUUGGAACACCAUACUACAUGUCUCCUGAACUCAUGAAGGGAGAAAAAUACAACACCAUGACAGACAUCUGGGCCUUGGGCUGUGUCCUGUAUGAACUGCUGACCCUCACCAAGACAUUCCAGGCCACUAACCCCCUGAAACUGGCGUACGAUAUUGUCCUGAACGAGCAUGGUGGGAUUGACUCGAUGUACUCCAAGGAUAUGGACGACCUUGUCAACAGCAUGCUGCAGAAGAAUCCUUCCAAGAGACCAACAGCAGAAGAGAUACUUACAAACAAGCUGUUUUCCAAUGCAAAAGAUCUUGAGCAGAAGGUUUGGGAGUUGAACUCAUCAUCUAGGAGGGCUCGGUCUAUGGCAGCCACCUCUACUGCUGUGCCAGUCAUCAAGGCCAAGAUGUGUGAGGUGUACCAGUGGGGAGGAGGGAAACGAACUCCGCAGAAACUGGACCUGUUCAGUAGGGAGAAGAGCCCAGUUCAGGUGUCUGCAGGCCACUCCCACUUGGCGACCCUGACAGUGGAGAAGGAGCUCUACACCUGGGCGAAUCUUCAAGGUGACACGGCCAUAGUUGGUCAACUGGGUCAUGGAGAUGUUGCUGCGUACAAGGCCCCCAAGAGAGUCGACGCUCUUAUUGGCAUCCCCAUCAAGCAGGUGGACUGUGGGGAGGAUUUCACCUUGUGUGUCACAGAUGAAGGAAAGGUGUACUCCUUUGGUUCAGACUAUUUUGGUUGUCUUGGAACUGACAGUGGAGAUGAUGUACUGGAGCCGGUGCCAGUAGACUACUUUAGUCAGAUACCAGUGGAGCAAGUGUCAUGUGGAGAGUCCCACUGUGUUGCCAUCAGUAAAGAUGGGGAUGUUUAUACAUGGGGCUGUGGGGAGUUUGGUCGUCUUGGACUUGGUUCAGAAGAUGAUUACAGUCUACCUCAGAAGGUGUCCACUCCAGGCAAGCACCUUAUCAAGUCGGUGUGUGCGGGAUCAGACGGAACGUUCCUCAUCACCACCAAUGGCCGCCUCCUGGCCUGUGGCAGCAAUGAGCACAACAAACUAGGCUUCAAUUCAGAAACAUCCGGGUUGAGAAAACGAAAAGCAAAGGUGUACGACAUCCCCUGUAAAUACAUAUUCACUACAGUGAAGCCACUCAGCCGCUACAACAUCGUCAGUGUGGCCACUGGCAAGACACACUCCGCAGUCAUAGAUUUGUAUGGCUACCUGUUUACAUUUGGUUCCAACAAGUAUGGGCAGCUGGGUCUGGGGGACUUCAAGAAGCGGGAGUGCGUGUGUCGUGUUGGAGGGAUGCUUGCAGGGCAGAGAGUCGGUAGGGUCGCGUGUGGCAAUGGAUUCACUGUCAUCUCUACUAAUGAGAACCAGAUCUACUCGUGGGGUAACGGAGAGAGUGGCCGUCUAGGUGCUUACAUCACCGACCAGGGAAAAGGUCCGAACAGUCAGUGUACGUCGCUGCCUCGACCCAUGUUUGGGUGUCUGCACAUCGUAGCAGACAUCUCCUCUUGCCACUGGAAUACACUCCUCAUUGCAGAGAAAGUCCUCAACCAAAAAACGCUCAAGUCAAGGGUAUCCUCCCCUAAAUACAAGGCUCCAGAAUCAGUUGAGUUUAUCCAAGUGGAGACUGUCCCAGAAGACAGUGCCUUCGUGGAUGAUGACAUUGCCAGUCCCCCAGUCAUAUCCAGCAGCCCCCAUGUCCCUACCCUGAGCGGGGACUCAGGGAAACCCAACACCCCUCCCGAGUCAGCUCAACACACAGCGGCAGUCACCAACAGCUCAUUGCCACCCUGGCUGGAAGCGGAGUUAAAUGAUGCUGAAGUGAUACCCAUCCCAUCCUGCACCCCGAGUCCAGACAUCGGAGGCUCCGACCAGCCAGCCAGUGGAUCAAGUGGUCAUCCGUCUCUCAGACUACAAAUGCCAGAUUUAAACAUGGUUUCACAGCAGAUGUCACAGAUGUCAGACGUAGCUGCUCAGACAAGUGACCAUGAACCUGAUAGUCAGAAUGUGGGCCAUCUGCAAGCCAGGAUACAACAACUAGAAACUGAAAAUAAGAAGUUGUGGAAACUGGUGAGUGAGCAAGAAGAGCAGAUAAAAACAUUGAUGCAAGACCGAGAUAAACCCAGAACAUCCUGAUAGUCAUAUCCAGCUUUAGAAUGCCAUAUUAUAGCUAGCAUUCCAUCUUAAAGCAUGGUGUUCCAGUAAUCCACCCUGGGCCCAUAAUUGUUUGCAUGUUGCUAUUGACUGCCAUCUUGUACAUGCAUAAUGUUCUGUAGCAUAGUGUUACUGUGUUCCAGCCAUGAUGAAGCCCUGAGGCCCAUGGCAGUCUGUAUGUUCUGGACUGACAUCUUGUAGUGGUGUUCCUACAUGGUACCAUUAUUUUGAAACAUGGUGUAAAUGCUGACUUGAAGGAUAGUUAGUUCUACAAAUGGUGCUCUUAUGAGAGGCCAUGAUAAUCUGUUGAUAGCUGUUGACUGCCAUUUUGUAGCAUAGUGUUCUUACAUGAAGUAGAAGUGUGGUCCUACAUGAAGUUGUAGCAG